GCCAAUUUCACCAAGACUCCUGGAUUUGCCAUUUUUCCUUUCUGAAGGCAGGUCUCACCUAUCUCCUGGUUCGAUCUAGGAAAAAGGAAAGGAAGGGAUUUAAAAGUAAACACUGAAAUGAGAAAGAAUUCACUGGGAGUUUAUCAAACUAAGUUAAAAUAGCUAAGUCAGCCUGACAGGUGCUUGGCACAGAGAAGGAGCAAAUAUUUCCUCAUCAUGCUACAACAUUUAGUAAUCUUUUGUCUUGGAUUGGUUGUACAAAAUUUCUGCCCCCCAGCUGAAACCACAGGGCAGGCAAGAAGAUGUGAUAGGAAGUCUCUUCUUACAAUUAGGACCGAGUGCCGGUCCUGCGCUCUCAACCUUGGAGUCAAGUGCCCAGAUGGUUACACCAAGAUUACCAAUGGCUCUGUAGGAGUUCGAGAUUGCAGGUACACCUUUGAGGUCAGAACCUACUCUCUGUCUCUCCCCGGAUGCCGCCAUAUUUGUAGGAAGGACUAUCUCCAACCUCGGUGUUGUCCUGGCCACUGGGGCCCAGACUGUAUAGAGUGCCCAGGCGGAGCGGAGUCACCCUGCAAUGGCAGGGGCAGUUGUGCUGAAGGCAUGGAAGGAAAUGGAACCUGCUCCUGCCAAGAAGGGUUUGGUGGAACAGCCUGUGAAACCUGUGCUAAUGACAACUUAUUUGGACCCAGCUGUUCAGCAGUGUGCAACUGUGUGCAUGGGGUAUGCAACAGUGGACUAAAUGGCGAUGGAACCUGUGAGUGCUACUCUGCGUACACUGGUCCCAAGUGUGACAAGCCCAUCCCUCAAUGUGCAGCCUUGCUCUGCCCAGAAAAUUCCAGAUGUUCGCCUUCCACUGAAGAUGAAAACAAACUGGAAUGCAAAUGCCUUCCCAAUUACCAGGGUGAUGGCAAAUACUGCGAGCCCAUCAAUCCAUGUUUACAAAAAAUCUGCCACCCUCGUGCUCAUUGUACGUACCUGGGACCAAAUCGGCACAGUUGUACAUGCCAAGAAGGCUACCGUGGGGAUGGCCGAGUGUGCUUGCCUGUGGACCCCUGCCAAACUAACUUUGGAAACUGCCCUACGAAGUCUACAGUGUGCAAAUAUGAUGGGCCUGGACAGUCUCACUGCGAGUGUAAGAAGCAUUACCACAAUUUCGUACCUGGAAUGGGGUGCAGUAUGAUUAAUAUAUGUAAAACAAAUAACCUGUGUCAUAGGAAUGCAAAUUGCACCACCGUCGGACCAGGCCAAACUCAGUGCAUGUGCCGGAAAGGUUACGUGGGUGAUGGCUUAACGUGUUACGGAAACAUUAUGGAGCGACUCAGAGAAUUAAAUACUGAACCCAGAGGAAAAUGGCAAGGAAGGCUGACCUCUUUCAUCUCACUCCUAGACAAAGCUUAUGCCUGGCCACUGAGUAAGCUGGGGCCCUUCACGGUGCUGUUACCUACAGAUGAGGGACUGAAAGAAUUCAAUGUAAAUGAGCUUUUGGUGGAUAAUAAAGCUGCUCAAUACUUUGUGAAACUCCACAUAAUUGCUGGUCAGAUGAACAUCGAAUAUAUGAAUAACACAGACACAUUCUACACCUUGACUGGAAAGUCGGGGGAAAUCUUCAACAGUGAUAAGGACAAUCAAAUAAAGCUUAAACUCUAUGGAGGCAAAAAUAAGGUAAAAAUUAUACAGGGGGACAUCAUUGCUUCCAAUGGGCUUCUGCACAUCCUUGACAGAACCAUGGACAUGCUAGAACCCAUAUUUGAGAGCAAUAAUGAGCAAACCAUAAUGACAAUGCUACAACCAAGAUACAGCAAGUUCAGGUCUUUGUUAGAGAAAACCAACGUGGGACAUGCUUUAGAUGAGGAUGGAGUUGGUGGACCAUACACCAUUUUUGUUCCAAGUAAUGAAGCAUUGAAUAACAUGAAGGAUGGCACUCUCGAUUACCUCCUUUCUCCAGAGGGAUCUCGGAAGCUUCUGGAACUCGUCAGAUACCACAUUGUCCCAUUUACCCAGCUUGAAGUGGCCACUCUCAUCUCCACCCCUCACAUCAGGAGCAUGGCCAACCAGCUCAUACAGUUCACCACCACCGACAACGGACAGAUUCUGGCAAAUGAUGUGGCAAUGGAAGAAAUUGAGAUCACUGCCAAAAAUGGCCGAAUUUACACACUGACAGGAGUUCUCAUUCCUCCCUCCAUCGUCCCGAUUCUACCCCAUCGAUGUGAUGAAACAAAGAGAGAGAUGAAACUGGGCACUUGUGUGAGCUGUUCUCUGGUGUACUGGAGCAGAUGUCCUGCUAACUCUGAGCCCACAGCACUCUUCACACACAGAUGUGUCUACAGUGGCAGGUUUGGGAGCCUGAAGAGCGGCUGUGCCCGGUACUGCAAUGCCACCGUGAAGAUUCCAAAGUGCUGCAAAGGCUUCUAUGGACCCGACUGCAACCAGUGUCCAGGAGGCUUCUCAAAUCCAUGCUCAGGAAAUGGACAGUGUGCAGAGAGCCUCGCUGGCAACGGGACGUGCAUUUGCAAGGAGGGCUUCCAAGGCUCCCAGUGUCAGUUCUGCUCUGAUCCCAAUAAAUACGGACCUCAGUGUAACCAAAAAUGCCCGUGCGUUCAUGGAACAUGCGAUAACAGGAUAGACAGCGAUGGGGCCUGCCUCACCGGCACAUGCAGAGACGGCUCUGCCGGGAGACUCUGUGAUAAGCAGACCUCAGCCUGUGGGCCCUACGUGCAGUUCUGUCACAUCCACGCCACCUGUGAAUACAGCAGUGGGACAGCCAGUUGUGUUUGCAAAGCAGGAUAUGAAGGAGAUGGAACUGUAUGUUCUGAGAUGGACCCUUGCACAGGACUAACUCCAGGAGGCUGUAGCCGCAAUGCAGAAUGCAUCAAAACUGGCACGGGCACCCACACCUGCGUGUGUCAGCAGGGCUGGACAGGGAAUGGGAGAGACUGCUUGGAGAUCAACAACUGCCUGCUGCCCAGUGCAGGAGGCUGCCACGACAACGCAACCUGUUUGUACGUGGGUCCCGGGCAGGCACAACAUGAUUCGGGGCUCAGAAGGCAGCAAAAGGGUCUAUUUCUUGGCUCAGCUUCUUCCCACGUUCCUGGGGUGAGGGAUGACCUCCAGCCACUCCAACUUAUACCAUCGGAAUACUUAGUUAAGCAGAAUGGAAAUGAGUGCGAGUGCAAGAAAGGAUUUCGAGGAAAUGGGAUUGACUGUGAACCAGUAACUUCAUGCUUGGAACAGACCAGGAAAUGUCAUCCGUUGGCAAACUGUCAGUCUACUUCUUCUGGUGUCUGGAGCUGUGUUUGUCAAGAGGGCUAUGAAGGAGAUGGCUUUCUGUGCUAUGGAAACGCAGCAGUGGAAUUGUCGUUUCUCUCCGAAGCAGCUAUAUUUAACCAGUGGAUAAAUAAUGCUUCUCUACAACUCACGCUGUCAGCCACCUCAAACCUCACUGUCCUCGUGCCUUCCCAACAAGCUACUAAGGACAUGGACCAGGAUGAGAAAAGCUUCUGGUUGUCACAGAGCAAUAUUCCAGCCCUAAUAAAAUACCAUAUACUACUAGGCACAUACAGAGUGGCAGAUCUGCAGACCCUGUCUUCUUCUGACAUGUUGGCAACAUCUUUGCAGGGCAACUUCCUUCACUUGGCAAAGGUGGAUGGGAAUAUCACAAUUGAGGGGGCCUCCAUUGUCGAUGGGGACAAUGCAGCCACAAACGGAGUGAUCCACAUCAUCAACAAGGUGCUGGUCCCACAAAGACGUCUAACUGGCUCCUUACCAAACCUGCUCAUGCGGCUGGAACAGAUGCCUGACUAUUCCAUCUUCCGGGGCUACAUCAUUCAAUAUAAUCUGGCGAAUGCAAUUGAGGCUGCCGAUGCCUACACAGUGUUUGCUCCGAACAACGAUGCCAUCGCGAAUUACAUCAGGGAGAAGAAAGUCCCGUCUCUAAAAGAGGACGUCCUCCGGUAUCACGUGGUCCUGGAGGAGAAACUCCUGAAGAAUGACCUGCACAAUGGCAUGCAUCGCAAGACCAUGCUGGGUUUCUCCUAUUUCCUUGGCUUCUUUCGCCACAACAACCAGCUCUAUGUAAAUGAGGCUCCAAUAAACUACACCAAUGUAGCCACUGAUAAGGGAGUGAUCCAUGGCUUGGGAAAAGUUCUGGAAAUUCAGAAGAACAGAUGUGAUAAUAAUGACACUACUAUCAUACGAGGAAGAUGUAGGACAUGCUCCUCAGAGCUGAUCUGCCCAUUCGGAACUAGACCUCUAAGUAAUGAGAAGAGGAGAUGCAUCUAUACCUCCUAUUUCAUGGGAAGACGAACCCUGUUUAUUGGGUGCCAGCUAAAAUGUGUGAGAACUGUCAUUACGAGAGAAUGCUGUGCUGGCUUCUUUGGUCCCCAGUGCCUGCCCUGCCCAGGGAAUGCCCAGAAUGUCUGCUUUGGUAACGGCAUCUGUUUGGAUGGAGUGAACGGCACAGGUGUGUGUGAGUGUGAGGAGGGCUUCAGUGGCACAGCCUGCGAGACCUGCACCGAGGGCAAGUACGGCACCCACUGUGACCAAGCAUGUUCUUGUGUCCAUGGGAGAUGCAACCAAGGACCCUUGGGAGAUGGCUCCUGUGACUGUGAUGUUGGCUGGCGAGGAGUGCAUUGUGAGAAUGUGACCACAGAAGACAACUGCAAUGGGAUGUGCCAUACCAGUGCCAACUGCCUUCCCAACUCAGAUGGUACAGCUUCAUGCAAGUGUGCAGCAGGAUUCCAAGGAAACGGGACCAUCUGCACAGCAAUCAAUGCCUGUGAAAUCAGCAAUGGAGGUUGCUCUGCCAAGGCUGACUGUAAGAGAACCACCCCAGGAAGGCGAGUGUGCACGUGCAAAGCAGGCUACAUGGGUGAUGGCAUUGUGUGCCUGGAAAUCAACCCAUGUUUGGAGAACCAUGGUGGCUGUGACAAGAACGCAGAGUGCACACAGACAGGACCCAACCAGGCUGCCUGUAACUGUUUGCCAGCAUACACUGGAGACGGAAAGGUCUGCACGCUCAUCAACGUCUGCUUAACUAAAAAUGGCGGCUGUAGUGAAUUUGCCAUCUGCAACCACACUGGGCAAGGAGAAAGAACUUGUACUUGCAAGCCAAACUACGUCGGAAAUGGAUUUACCUGCCGUGGCAACAUUUAUCAGGAGCUUCCCAAGAAUCCGAAAACUUCCCAAUAUUUCUUCCAGUUGCAGGAGCAUUUCGUGAAAGAUCUGGUCGGCCCAGGCCCCUUCACUGUUUUCGCACCUUUAUCUGCAGCCUUUGAUGAGGAAGCCCGGGUUAAAGACUGGGACAAACAGGGCUUAAUGCCCCAGGUUCUUCGGUAUCAUGUGGUCGCCUGCCACCAGCUGCUUCUGGAAAACUUGAUAUUGAUCUCAAAUGCUACUUCCCUCCAAGGAGAGCCAAUAGUCAUCUCCGUCUCUCAGGGCACAGUGUAUAUAAAUAAUAAGGCUAAGAUCAUAUCCAGUGAUAUCAUCAGUACUAAUGGCAUUGUUCAUAUCAUAGACAAAUUGCUAUCUCCCAAAAAUUUGCUUAUCACUCCCAAAGACACCUCUGGAAGAAUUCUGCAAAAUCUUACGACUUUGGCAACAAAGAAUGGCUACAUCAAAUUUAGCAACUUAAUACAGGACUCAGGUUUGCUGAGUGUCAUCACUGAUCCCAUCCACACCCCAGUCACUCUCUUCUGGCCCACUGACCGAGCCCUCCAAGCCCUACCUGCUGAACAACAGGACUUCCUGUUCAACCAAGACAACAAGGACAAGCUGAAGGAGUAUUUGAAGUUUCAUGUGAUACGAGAUGCCAAGGUUUUAGCUGUGGAUCUUCCCACAUCCACUGCCUGGAAGACCCUGCAAGGUUCAGAGCUGAGUGUGAAGUGUGGAGCUGGCAGUGACAUUGGUGACCUCUUUCUGAAUGGCCAAACCUGCAGAAUUGUGCAGCGGGAGCUCUUGUUUGACCUGGGCGUGGCCUACGGCAUUGACUGUCUGCUGAUUGAUCCCACCCUAGGGGGCCGCUGUGACACCUUUACUGCUUUCCAUGCCGUGGGGUCGUGUGGGAGCUGUGUCAAUACUCCCAGCUGCCCAAGGUGGAGUAAACCAAAGGGUGAGAAGCAGAAGUGUCUCUACAACCUGCCCUUCAAGAGGAACCUGGAAGGCUGCCGGGAGUGGUGCAGCCUGGUGAUACAGAUCCCCAGGUGCUGCAAGGGCUACUUCGGGCGAGACUGUCAGGCCUGCCCUGGAGGACCAGAUGCCCCGUGUAAUAACCGGGGUGUCUGCCUUGAUCAGUACACCGGCACCGGAAUGUGUAAAUGCAACACCGGCUUCAACGGGACGGCGUGUGAGAUGUGCUGGCCAGGGAGAUUCGGGCCUAAUUGUCUGCCCUGUGGCUGCUCGGACCAUGGACAGUGCGAUGAUGGCAUCACGGGCUCCGGACAGUGCCUCUGUGAAACGGGGUGGACAGGCCCCUCGUGUGACACUCAGGCAGUUUUGCCUGCAGUGUGUACGCCUCCUUGUUCUCCUCAUGCCACCUGUAAAGAGAACAACACGUGUGAGUGUAACCUGGAUUAUGAAGGUGACGGAAUCACAUGCACAGUCGUGGAUUUCUGCAAACAGGACAACGGGGGCUGUGCAAAGGUGGCCAGAUGCUCCCAGAAGGGCACGAAGGUCUCCUGCAGCUGCCAGAAGGGAUACAAAGGGGACGGGCUCAGCUGCACAGAGAUAGACCCCUGUGCGGACGGCCUUAAUGGAGGGUGUCACGAGCACGCCACCUGUAAGAUGACAGGCCCGGGCAAGCACAAGUGUGAGUGUAAAAGUCACUAUGUGGGAGAUGGGCUGAACUGUGAGCCGGAGCAGCUGCCCAUCGACCGCUGCUUACAGGACAACGGGCAGUGCCACGCGGAUGCCAAAUGUGUCGACCUCCAUUUCCAGGAUACCACUGUUGGGGUGUUCCAUCUACGCUCCCCGCUGGGCCAGUAUAAGCUGACCUUUGACAAAGCCAAAGAGGCCUGUGCCAACGAAACUGCGACCAUGGCAACCUACAGCCAGCUCUCCUAUGCCCAGAAGGCCAAGUACCACCUGUGCUCAGCAGGCUGGCUGGAGAGUGGGCGGGUUGCCUACCCCACAGCCUUCGCCUCCCAGAACUGUGGCUCUGGUGUGGUUGGGAUAGUGGACUAUGGACCUAGACCCAACAAGAGUGAAAUGUGGGAUGUCUUCUGCUAUCGGAUGAAAGAUGUGAAUUGCUCCUGCAAGGUGGGCUAUGUGGGAGAUGGCUUCUCGUGCAGCGGGAACCUGCUGCAGGUCCUGAUGUCCUUCCCCUCACUCACAAACUUCCUGACGGAAGUGCUGGCCUAUUCUAACAGCUCAGCUCGAGGCCGUGCAUUUCUAGAACACCUGACUGACCUGUCCAUCCGUGGCACCCUCUUUGUGCCGCAGAACAGCGGGCUGGGGGAGAACGAGACCCUGUCUGGGCGGGACAUCGAGCACCACCUCGCCAAUGUCAGCAUGUUUUUCUACAAUGACCUUGUCAAUGGCACCACCCUGCAAACAAGGCUGGGGAGCAAGCUGCUCAUCACCGCCAGCCACGACCCACUCCAACCGACGGAGACCAGGUUUGUUGAUGGAAGAGCCAUUCUGCAGUGGGACAUCUUUGCCUCCAAUGGGAUCAUUCAUAUCAUUUCCAGGCCUUUAAAAGCACCCCCUGCCCCUAUGAGCUUGACCCACACUGGCUUGGGAGCAGGGAUCUUCUUUGCCGUCAUCUUGGUCAUUGGAGCUGUUGCCUUGGCUGCAUAUUCUUUCUUUCGGCUAAACCGGAGAACAAUAGGCUUCCAGCAUUUUGAGUCGGAAGAGGACAUUAAUGUUGCAGCUGUUGGCAAGCAGCAGCCUGAGAAUAUCUCGAACCCCUUGUAUGAGAGCGCCACCUCAGCUCCCCCAGAACCUUCCUACGACCCCUUCACGGACUCUGACGAACGGCAGCUUGAGGGCAACGACCCCUUGGGGACACUAUGAGGGCCUGGACAGGAGACGCCAGCCAUCACCCACUGCCAUCUGGGCCAUCAACUGAAUUCUCUGCACCAGUUGCCUUUUGGGAACAUAAAGUCCUUUAAGCACUCAGAAGCCAUACCUCAUCUCUCUGGCUGAUCUGGGGGUUGUUUCUGUGGGCGAGGGAUAUGUUACUGUGCCCACCCAGUGCAGCUUCCUGCUCUGACCCUUUGGCUCUUCUUCCUUUGUACGCUUCAGCUGGCACCCGCUCCAUUCUGCCCCACACGAUGGGUAACUGAUCUUUCUUCCCUGUUAGACUGUAAGCCUCCAUCUUUGUAUCCCAGCCCCUAGCCUAGUGCCUGACACAGGAACUGUGCACAAUAAAGUUUUGUGGAACAGAAACAAAGUCAA